CCCUCCAGUGGCAUCUUGCGCGCCGCCGCCGCCGCCGCCUCCUUCCUCCUCGCAGCAUCCUCCACUGCGCAGCCCGCGCUGGGGGCUCGGGGGAUGGCCAGACUGCCGGCGAGCGAGCCCAGGCGGAAGGCGCAAUCCCAGCAACCGCCCCGCGCCUCCCCCAUGAGCAGCGGCGGCAGCGGCGGCAGCGGCAGCUCUGAGCCCGAGGGCAUGAAGGACCUAGAUGCUAUCAAGCUCUUUGUGGGGCAGAUUCCCCGGAACCUCGAGGAGAAGGACCUCAAGCCCCUCUUCGAGCAGUUCGGGCAGAUCUACGAGCUGACGGUGCUGAAGGACCGAUACACUGGCAUGCACAAAGGUUGUGCCUUCCUUACGUACUGCGCCCGAGAUUCGGCCAUCAAAGCUCAGACAGCGCUACAUGAACAGAAGACGCUCCCUGGGAUGGCGAGGCCAAUCCAGGUAAAGCCGGCGGACAGCGAGAGCCGUGGAGGUAGGGACAGGAAGCUCUUUGUGGGAAUGUUGAACAAGCAGCAAUCUGAAGACGACAUACUGCGCCUCUUUGAACCUUUCGGGGUAAUUGACGAGUGCACGGUGCUCAGAGGCCCCGACGGCAACAGCAAAGGCUGUGCUUUUGUUAAAUUCUCCUCUCACACGGAGGCCCAGGCAGCGAUCCACGCCCUUCAUGGCAGCCAAACUAUGCCUGGCGCUUCCUCCAGCCUUGUGGUGAAAUUCGCCGACACGGACAAAGAGAGGACCCUCCGGCGCAUGCAGCAGAUGGUGGGGCAGCUGGGGAUCCUCACGCCUUCCUUUGCGCUGCCCUUCACCCCGUACAGCGCAUAUGCUCAGGCUCUGAUGCAGCAGCAGACCGUCCUCUCGGCAUCUCAUGGAAACUUCGUCAGCCCGAGCCUCACCUUCUCCCCGUGCCACAUCCAGCAAAUCGGCACCGUCAGCCUAAAUGGCUUGCCGGCCACUCCUGUUGCACAAACCUCAGGGUUACACUCGCCUCCUCUCUUGGGCACGACUGCCAUCCCGGGACUGGUGGCACCCAUCACCAACAGCUUCGCAGGAGUGCUCCCCAUUCCUAGCAGCCAUCCCACCUUGGAGGCAGUUUAUACGAACGGGCUUCUUCCCUGCACAGCCCAGAACCCAUCGGUAGCAGAGACUAUGCACCCAGCCUUCACCGGAGUCCAGCAGUAUGCAGCUGUCUACCCAGCCACCACCAUCACCCCGGUAGCUCAGCCCAUCCCUCAGCCCCUUCCCAUAAUCCAGCAGCAGCAACGGGAAGGCCCCGAAGGAUGCAACCUUUUCAUCUACCACCUCCCUCAGGAGUUUGGCGACAACGAGCUCAUGCAGAUGUUCCUUCCCUUUGGGAACAUCAUCUCCUCCAAAGUUUUCAUGGACCGGGCAACAAACCAGAGCAAAUGUUUCGGCUUUGUGAGUUUCGACAACCCAUCCAGUGCCCAGACAGCCAUCCAGGCUAUGAACGGGUUCCAGAUCGGCAUGAAAAGAUUGAAGGUGCAAUUGAAGCGGCCUAAGGACGCCGGCCACCCCUACUGAACUGCGCGUCCCUGCGAUGGAAACUGCAGUCCCGCAGUGAAGUUAAGCAUCCCCUCUUCCAGUUGAUUUCGUUCUUUCGUUUUAAAGAAGAGAUUCCCUUCCUUGGGCGGAGUACG